AUGUUGUCCCUCAAGACUGUCUUCUCCGCUAUCUUCCUAGCCACUGGAGGUUUCCUCUUCGGCUACGACAGCGGCAUCAUCACCUCGACCAUCUCCCUCCCCACAUUCAAAGAGUACUUUGGCAACCCCAGCGACACCGUCACCGGCGGAAUCGUCUCUUCCUUCCAGGGCGGCGCCAUCCUCGGCACAAUCAUCAACAUGAUCGGCGCCGACUGGGCCGGCCGUAAAAAGACCGUUUUCGCGGGUGCCGUCGUCUCGGUCCUUGGAUGCGCUCUGCAGGCUGGUGCCGUCAACAUGGAGAUGAUUAUCAUUGGGCGAUUCAUCGCUGGUGUCGCCGUGGGGAUGCUCACAAGUACGAUUCCCAUGUAUGCAGCGGAGUUGUCCGAGCCCAAGUGGCGUGCUACGCUUUCGGGGCUGUUGCAGUGGAUGCUUUCCUGGGGGUUCCUUGUCGCGCAGUGGUUGGGAUACGGGUGUGCGUUUAACAAGACCGAGUUUUCAUGGCGCUUCCCUCUUGCCUUCCAAAACCUCCCCGGGCUCAUCCUCAUCGCGGGAAUCUGGUUCCUCGACGAAUCCCCUCGCUGGCUCAUGGAAAAAGACCGCCACGAGGAAGCCAAGGAGGUCCUGUACCGCAUCCGCGGCAACGUCCCCGCCGAAACGGUCGAGCUUGAAUUCCGCGAGAUCCGCGACGUCAUUGCCGCCGAUCGCGCGGUCGGGAAUACCUCGUGGAAGACGAUCAUUACGAAACCCUCCUGGCGCAAGCGCUUGAUUUUGGGAUGUGGCGUUCAGGCGUUUGGCCCGUUGAGUGGGAUUAAUGUUAUCAACUACUACGGCCCGCGCAUCUACGAGAUCCUCGGCAUCGAAAACAACACGACGCAGCUCAUGAUCAUCGGAAUCAGCGGCGCGCUCUCCAUCGUCUACUGCUCCAUCGGCCUCGUCCUCGUCGACAAGGUCGGCCGCAUCAAGCCGCUCAUCGUCUCCGCAUUGUUCCUCAGCGCUGCUCUGCUCGUCAACGCCGUGCAGGGGCAGUACUUGAACCCGGAUAAUGCGAACCAGCUGCGCUCGAUGGUGGCGAUGAAUUUUGUGUUUAGUCUCUUUUAUACGCCUCUGGGGAUUAUUUCCUGGGUGUACCCCGCCGAAAUCUUCCCCGUCGAAGUCCGCGCGCUCGGCAACGCACUGACAACAUUCACCAACUGGACGGUGAACCUGAUCUUUGCGCAGUUCACGCCCGACGCUCUCUCCGCCGUCGAGUUCAAGUACUUUUACCUGUUCUUCGCGCUGAACCUGAUUGCCGCUACGUGCUACUACUUCUUCUACCCGGAGACCAAGGGCCGCACCCUCGAGCAGAUUGAUGAACUGUUUGGGGACCAGCUUGUGCCGCAUGCGAUGGAGGAUCCGGAGGGGGCGGAUGCGGCCAUGGAGAAGGACAGGGCGGCCACACAGUGGGAGGAGAGGGUUUAG